UAAAAUAAAGCAGGACACUCAGGAUCACACCAGUUCAGCUGCGUCAGGCCAAUAACCUUCCUCCGGGUUGCAUCAGCAUUAAAGACGCUGUGUUUCUUCCAAGAAAAAGCGCACAGCUCAUAUUUAAGGAGCUUCAGCACAGCAGAGCUUCACUCUCCUCCUUCACUGGACUGAAGAACAUGGACACAUCUGUUCAACUGCUGCGUUUUUAAAAAGCGAGCACUGUGCUUUCGAGAUGCCAUUUGCGCUCAUGGAGAAGUUAGAUGAAGAAACAAGCUCUUUCUCUGGAAGUGAUUCUCAGAGUCCACAGAACUGGGGUGGAGGUCAGCUAAAUGUGCGGAUUUGUCACCGUCGACAGCGGAACAGAGAUGCAGCUCGGAAGAGUCGCAAAAAGCAGACAGAGAGGGCCGAUGUGCUUCAUGAGGAAAUGCAGACUCUAGAACGGUCCAACACUGCCUUAGCGAAAGAGAUUUCUCAACUGGAGAAAGAACUGGAGCGAUACGUUACAGCCUUAAAAGAACAUGAACCCCACUGUACACUAUCAUGUUGGUCUGGAACUUCCAUACCAAACAUGUCUACCUCAGAUCUACCCCAACGCUGUAACCCAAACCCUGGUGGAGAGCCUAAUUUUCCAGUGAAUGAUCCAACCAUACCAGAUUCCUCUCUCGAUGAGCUGCUGUGUAGAACUGACUGGAUGUCAUGGGACUCAGACUUACCAUUGUCAUCAUUUUGAAAAGAAAUAAUAGAUGUUAAAGCUGAAAACAAACAAAAAUGUAGCUAUGCUGAACGUACUUCCUCCUACCACCUCUGUCUGGCUUUAACACGUUCUCGUGGGUGCUGGUUUUUAGACGUCUGUGAGAUUCAGCAUUGUACUAAGAUUUAUUAUUAAAAUUCAAAUUUAUUUUUAUAUUGAAAACAAAUAUAGUCUACUUUUUGGUGUAAAAUAUAAUGACCUGAAUGAAAAAAAUGUGUAUGUUAUUUCAGUUGUCCACAAACCACUUGCUGCUCAUGUGUAUGUAUGAAAAUUAAUAUAAAAUGUAUGACGUGUAUAUGUAAAUA